AUGUAUCGUGGGAUUCUUCUGCUCGGGUUUUUGGCUUUAGUAGUUGAUGCCCAAGUAGCUCAAACUGAUCCAAUUGUGAAUUUUUGCAGGAGGAUAUGGCAUUCUUCGGUUAUUAGGGAUGAAGUCUUGUAUAUUAAUGGCGGACUCCAAUCGUACAGCAAUGUCAAUAGCACUACUGGGGAGAAGUACGGGAAUCUAUCAUAUGGCAUCAAUCAAUACGUUAUCAAGAUGGACUUGACACAAACUUGGAACUGGCGAAACUCUAGUUCUCCCAUCAAACUACUCCCAAAGGGUAACGGCAACGAAACGCCUCCCAACCUCUCCCGUGGCGCAUUAUAUGCCGGCGCUUCGAACGAUACAAAGCUUUAUGCCUACGGCGGAACAGUGGAUUCGUCAGUCAAUAGUUCAUGGGAUGGCUUCCAGCACCCUACUUCAAACCAGGAUUCAUUAUGGUCAUAUGACCUUUCUACCAGUUUAUGGGCGCACGACACGAUUAGUGAUACUGCUUUGAUUAGACCAGCAUCCGGCGCGAGCGCAGAAGCCACUGAGCUUGGGCUCGGAUUUUGGUUCAAUGGAGAGCAGGAUAGUGGGACGUCGUCCGAGUCGGUCAACUUGUACAAUACAGUAAAGUUUUUGAAGGGGAUGAUAGUACUGGAUUUCAAUACUGGCGAGGCCAGGAAUCUUUCAACAUCUGCAGUUAGCGACUUGGCGAGGGUUAGAGGGGAGAUGGUUUAUAUUCCAGGGAGUAUGGUACUUUGGUUUCAUUGGCACAAGUUGAGAUAUUUGAUGUUGCAUCACUAUAUAAUCAGAGCACACCGGACGGGACAUGUUGCCUCUGCACCAGACGGAUCCAGCCAUAACAUUUACAUGCACGGCGGACGCGGUACCAGUGGCGAUUACUAUGAUGAUAUUCAUGUACUUAGUAUACCAUCUUUUACUUGGACAAGAAUAUACUCCGGCACUGCUUAUCGUUACGGGAUGAAGUGUCAUCUCGCAGGAAACCGCCAAAUGAUCACGAAGCGUGGGUUCUAUGACAUGUCAACAACCGAAUGGGGCCCUACCUUCUUCGCAGACGCCGCGCCUUAUCAGGUUCCAAGACGCAUCGUCGACGUUAUCGGCGGAAACGUAAAUGGCAGCGCAACACUAAUAGCCCCAACCUCCGGCUUCCAGGAUGCCGCGCUCUACUCCCUCUUCCCAAACUCCUCCGACGGGCAAACAACUGCCACCGGCACCGCAACUGGCGCACCUGUUGACCCAUCAUCACCACCGUCUUCGCCGUCGUCGUCGAACACUGGAGCCAUCGCCGGCGGCGUUAUUGGCGGCCUUGCAGGCAUCGCUUUGAUCGGCGCAGGUAUCUUCUUCCUCCGUCGCCGCCGCCAUCAGCAGCCUGCGCCGGCAUACACAGCCGGAGACCCUACAGUUGAGGCAGGAAGCUCAUCGCUAUACGAGAAGGACGGAACACUAAAGGUAAACCACGAGCUGCAGGGUGACGCAGCGUUCCGUGAGGGUAACGUACCGCUGGCGGAAAUGUCUGGUGGCAUAUCGACAUUUCCGCCGCUGGAGCUGCCGGGUGAAUCUGCGCCGCAGAGAUAA